AUGGUCAACAUCUACCAGGUGGCCGCUCAGUUUAAGGAGCGGCUAACAAUCGCGUUCGAGAGCUCCCCGCUCUAUACAAAGCGACAAAUAUUUUCUCCGCAAGAUGCUUGGCUAGUUCGUCAAGCGUAUGAACGAGAAUUAGCAAUUAACACACAAUCCGAUGCUGAUCUGGCAGACGACACCCGCCAACUAAUAAUCGAUGAAGAUACGGAAGAAUUUAUUAAUCAAUAUACAACACUUGGUGCCAACCUUUCACCCUCAACUGCAUCAAUGUUGAGUUGUUCAUUAGGCAGUGCGAACCCACUCAAGACACCACCGUUUGAUACCACCUGCCUCAGUGAGGCAAGCACUUCGCCCGGACCAUCGGAGGCUUUCCCUUGUUUAGAUGUGCGGUCGGUCGGAAGCGUGUCCCACGCAAAAUUAAAUGACCCAGUCUCUGUACCAACGACAAGUCUUGUAUCUGGGUCACCACUCUCCGAUGAUUCCCUGCCCCCAAAACGUACACGUGGACGAAAGAACCGCACGAAUGACGGCUUAGAUGAGCUUGUCUUAGAGAAACGUGACGAGGACGGGCGAUAUUUCGAGUGCGUUGUAUGUGGGCAUACAGCACCUCGACGGUAUGACGUCAAACGACAUGUUACAUCACAUAAUGUCGUCGACGACCCCCACGUGUGUCUGGGGUGCGGUGCUCGCUUCAAAAGAACUGACGCUCGGGUACGGCAUUGGAGUAAAAAUCCGGAAUGCGAGCUGCUUGACGAUCUUGCCUCACGCAACGACAAAAAAUACAAAUCAAGACAUGGUCGACGAAAUCCCAGACUGGUAGCAGAGACCGUUGGGAUGCACGUUGUUGCAAACUGA